GCUGUUGCGGCCUCGGCUACCCGCGAGCGCAGCGCGGGCGGCGCCCGCCACCCCGGUCGCGAGACUCCGCUUUGUUCCGGGCCUGUCCCUUGGCCGUGCCGCCCGCAGCCCCGCGUCGCGCUGGCGUCGUCCUCGUCUCCGCCGGCGCCCCGGCGCGAGCCGGACGGCGAGGCCAUGGACGCGGAGCUGGUGGUGACGCCUCCGGGCUGUGCGCACCUGGGCAGCUUCAAGGUGGACAACUGGAAGCAGAACCUGCGCGCCAUUUAUCAGUGCUUCGUGUGGAGCGGCUCGGCGGAGGCCCGCAAGCGCAAGGCGAAGUCGUGCGUGUGUCACGUGUGCGGCGUCCACCUGAACCGGCUGCACUCGUGCCUCCACUGCGUCUUCUUUGGCUGUUUCACGAAGAAGCACAUUCAUGAGCACGCCAAGUCGAAAAGGCACAACCUGGCCAUAGAGCUUAUGUAUGGAGGUAUCUACUGCUUUUUGUGUCAGGACUACAUUUAUGACAAAGACAUAGAAAUCAUUGCCAAAGAGGAACAGCGGAAAGCUUGGAAAAUGCAAGGCGUCGGGGAGAAGUUUUCAACGUGGGAGCCGACCAAACGGGAGCUCGAGCUGCUGAAACACAACCCCAAGCGACGGAAGAUCACGUCCAACUGCACCAUAGGUCUCCGCGGCCUCAUCAACCUCGGGAACACGUGCUUCAUGAACUGCAUCGUGCAGGCGCUGACGCACACGCCGCUGCUGCGCGACUUCUUCCUGUCCGACCGGCACCGCUGCGAGAUGCAGAGCCCUGGCUCCUGCCUGGUCUGCGAGAUGUCCUCCCUCUUCCAGGAGCAGUUCUACUCGGGGCACCGGUCCCCCCACAUCCCAUACAAGCUGCUGCACCUGGUGUGGACGCACGCCCGGCACCUGGCGGGCUACGAGCAGCAGGACGCGCACGAGUUCCUCAUCGCGGCCCUGGACGUCUUGCACCGGCACUGCAAAGGUGAUGAUAAUGGGAAAAAGGCCAACAACCCUAACCACUGCAACUGCAUCAUAGACCAGAUCUUCACAGGGGGGCUGCAGUCCGACGUCACCUGCCAAGUGUGCCAUGGGGUCUCCACCACCAUCGAUCCCUUCUGGGACAUCAGCCUGGACCUGCCCGGCUCUUCCACCCCCUUCUGGCCACUGAGCCCUGGGAGCGAGGGCAGCGUGGUGAACGGAGAGAGCCACGCGUCGGGAACCACGACCCUCACGGACUGCCUGCGGAGGUUUACCAGACCAGAGCACUUAGGAAGCAGUGCCAAGAUCAAGUGUAGCGGUUGCCAUAGCUACCAGGAGUCCACAAAGCAGCUCACCAUGAAGAAGCUGCCCAUCGUGGCCUGCUUCCAUCUCAAACGAUUCGAACACUCGGCCAAACUUCGGCGCAAGAUCACCACCUACGUGUCCUUCCCCCUGGAGCUGGACAUGACCCCCUUCAUGGCCUCCAGCAAAGAGAACAGGAUGAACGGACAGUACCAGCAGCCGGUGGACAGUCUCAGUAACGAUAACAAGUACUCCUUGUUUGCGGUGGUCAACCACCAGGGGACCCUGGAGAGUGGCCACUACACCAGCUUCAUCCGGCAGCACAAGGACCAGUGGUUCAAGUGUGACGAUGCCAUCAUCACCAAGGCUGGCAUUGCAGACGUGCUGGACAGUGAGGGGUACCUGCUCUUCUAUCACAAACAGUUCCUGGAGUACGAGUAGCCGUCGGCGCACCGGCAAGUCCCCCGAAGUCAUCCGGGUGCCCGGGGUCACGCUGUGUGGACACUUGGCAAGAGGUGGGCUGGGGGGGGGGGGGCAGAGGAGACGUGCGCCGGAGUGUCUCCUGUGUCCCCCGCGAGCCGGGGCAGGCGCAGCCCCCGCGCCAGCCGUUCCACGCUGGGGCCCAGAAAGCAGGAGGUGGAGGAGAUGCAGGCCUCGCGGGUCUUUCUCUUGGUGAGUUUGGUGUCCGUGCGCAGCGCGGACUCGGGCGUGAGCCCCGGAGCCUGUGGAGCUGAAGACCCUGUGGGGCCUCCGAGCACGUCUGUCCUGCAUGUGGAAGCAGAUCCCCGUUUUCUAGAGAUAGGCGUUUGCGUAUCUUCCCCCUUUCUCUCUCUUUCCACGAUGGUGAAUCUCUUAAACGUAAUGAUGGUAACGUGAAUGAAUUAUUGAGUUCAGGCUGAAAUUUAGAUCGUUUUCCUUUUAUCCUGGAGAGUGGAUCUUGCUUUUUCAUCGGUGCUGUUUUUGUUGCCCCCCCGCCCACCCCCCCGCAGGCACCUUGGACCUGGCCAGAGCUGCCUGGCUCAGUGGAGGAGAAUCAGGCUGCGCUGGGAACGGUGUCUGUCGUAUUAAUCUUUUAGUACCUGAAGCGUUUCCAGUGGUUUCACUGUUUCCCUCCCGUGUUUCCUUCCUGGCCACCUGUCCCGCGAGCUCUCCUGGUCGCUGCUGGGCGGCGGGUGUGUCGGAUGAUGCGGCGGCCUCCAGGGGGGCUGCAUCCUGGCUCUGGGUGCCUCUGCCUUGCGUUCCGGUAGCUUCUGUUGCCGCAGGACAGACGGCCGGGACUGAGCUGGUGGGAGGGGCUGACGGGGGAGGUGCAGCAUCAUUGUUCCUUGUGAGCCGCCUCGCACACAUCUGUCUGUUCACACCCAAACCUAGAUUGCCCGUCUCUGAGAGAUUCCAGCCCAGAGACGGGGGGCGAGCCAGUGUCCCCUGAACAUGAGGCUUCUUUCCUGCAGAGGAACACGUUCACCUGCGGCAGGGUCAGCGGACUCUCCGCAGAGGGCCAGGUAGUAGAUGUUUCUGACUUUGUGGGCCCUGUGGUCUCUGCUGCAGGUCACGUGGAUGAGCGUAGCUGUGUUCCAGUAGAACUUUACAUGAUCACGGAAAGUUGAAUUUCAUAUGCUUUAGCCACGUCACAAAAUUUCAGCCGUUUUCACUGUUUAAAAACGUGUGAUAGCGGGCUUCCGUGGUGGCGCAGUGGUUGAGAGUCCGCCUGCCGAUGCAGGGGACACGGGUUCGUGCCUCGGUCCGGGAAGAUCCCACAUGCUGCGGAGCGGCUGCGCCCGUGAGCCAUGGCCGCUGAGCCUGCGCGUCCGGAGCCUGUGCUCCGCAACGGGAGAGGCCACAACAGCGAGAGGCCCGCAUACCGCCAAAAAAAAAAAAAAAAAAAAAGUGUGACGGGUUCUCAGCCGACAGACCAUGAACCAGGUUCAGCUCGUCGGCUGCUCGGGUCUGGGCGCGGCGUGGCUCCUGCCCCCCCCCCCCCGUGGAAGGUGCUGGGGUCCUGCGGCGGGGGCGUCGUACCUGGCAGAGUCCUCAGCGACACAGCUCAGGCGCCUGCCCCGCGUGGCCCGACUGCUCUGAGGGCCCUGGAGCCCUGGGCCUUCAUGCAGAGUGGCGACAGAGGAGAUGGUACUGGCCGCGGGGUUCUGGCAGGUCGCCUGUGGUCUGGUGAGCCCUGCGGCCCUCCCCUGCCGCCCACUCACGUCCAGGGCUCAGCUGCUCCAAGGAUGGGAAGAUUCAGGAGACAGUGAGGCCGUUUCUCUUUUCUGGGUGUUCUUUUGAAUUUUUAUGUCGAAGUUAACCCUCUGUUCCCUCUGGCCUGGUGUUCUGAGCACUUAUCUUUCUGCUGCUGAGAUUCCCCUGUGGCUGGAAGAACUACCUGGGGGGCGCGGUGAGGCUCCGGCUGCCUGCACGCGCGCCUGCCCCCCGUCCCGCGCGCUGAGGUCCUGCUUUGACGUCACCUCAUCAGGAACAAAGAACUGCGUGAUGGGUUGGGGAAUUUAUUUUCUUUCAGCUCCCGAUGCAGCUACUAAAUACGGGAAAAUGGUUUCCUGUUUCAAACCACCACCCGUGUUGAUGUCCAGACCGCUGAGGAAUCCCUGGGCGACCCUUCCUCCCCGGCUAGUGUGUUUAAAGUGACUUGUGUUUGUGAGACGUUGGCUGCCGUGUCAGCGCUUUACAGUGAGACAGUGGGCUCUCCCUGGGUGUCCUGAGCGGGAGGCUGGGCCCGGGCCCUCUCCAGGCCGCCUCGGGCCUCCCGUCGGCGCCAGAACGUCCAGGACGCUCCUGCUGCAUCACGUACACUCGUGCCGUUGUAGUUCUGCUCGGUGUGGAUGCUUUCGUCGUAUAAAAUUGCCGUUCUUUUGACAAUUCAAGUGACUUGUUUCGUCGUUUACUAUAACUUUGAAAACAGAAAUCGUAAGAACGAGAUUCCAAUGAUUGUGCUGUGGAUUUUAUUACCGGGAUGUUUCCGCGUCCCUUUCACCUGUCGUUUUGAGGGACUGUUUGGCUCUUCUCUCUAAUGGCUUGUAGUCUUUUCCUGUGUCGUAAUAAAGCUACAUUUUAUUCUGA